CCGGCCGUCUCCCGCAACUCCGGCGCUUGCUGGGUCCACGGCCGUUUCCUUCCCGCCAACAGGGCACUGUGUUUCAUUGGUAGAGGUGCUGCCAUGUGGUGUCGCCUCUACCAAUGAAACGCAGCGCCAGGGUGAGGGAUGACCCUGGCACUGCAGAGCGGAACAGGGUCCUAGUAUCCCUGUUCCGCUUGCUUACCUCCCUGCUCUCCCAGCGCGGCUGGUGGAGGGAAAAGGGAGGCCGCCGUGCAGCUCCCCCACUUGCUGGGGCGCCCCUCAGCGCCCCCUGAUUGCCCAGGCACCCUGGUGCAACGCGCCACUAGAGUCAAUGGGCGAGUCGGGCCUGUUUACCGUACCUUCCCGCCAUGGCGGUACCUAUUUAUCUACUUGCACUGGAGUGUUUUUGAACUGCUAGGUUGGCAGGAGCUGGAACAGAGCAACGGGGGAUGCCGACCUUUUGAUCGGCAAGCCCAAUAAGCUCAGUGGUUUAGACCACAGGGCCACCCAUGUCCCUUUUUUUACCCCACUCACUAUUAACCACAAUUAGUUCCCAUUCGUGUGGGCUUAUGGCUGCAGGUGAGUAAGACCUACCAGGUAGGUUUGAGCCCCCAACACCUUUUUCUUUGCCAGCAGAACUCAGCACUCACAACCACCUCCAUUGGCACAGAGCUGCUUCUGCCAACACAGAGCACUUAAGAGCUUACCAUUCCCUUAGCGGUGGUGAGAUAUGUUAAAACAAUACCAGCUUUGUCUCGCACGCCCUCACCCCACCCUUCUGCAACACAUUGUGUCAGUGGCUCUCUUUGAUGCCAACGUGAGUGUGUGCGUGCGCGCGCCUUACUAUAUAAGAUUUAGCGAGAGGCAGCGUUACUUUCAACCGGGAUCUUGGCAAGAAAACCCACGCAAAAGGGAGAAGAAGAGCGUUGAGGGAAGAAAUGUGUUUUGUGUAGUACUCCUCGCCUUGAUGUCACAGGCACGGCAAGGACAUCACAAGGAGGAGUCAGAUUACAGUAAAAAUGGGCAGUGCAGCAUGCAGCGAGAGUCGACGCUAAAUCAGUGAGGGAUUGUAUCAGGGAGAAGAAGACUGCCUUCAAAACCCUGAUCCCAAGGAGGCUCACGUUGCUGUCUCGCUCGCUCGCUCUCCCUCUCCGAGGCUGGGAAAUUUCCACACUAUGUAGUAGCAUGAAAGCGGCUCGCUCCGCUUUGCAUCGCAGCACCUCGGCGCGGGAGCUAAUGCUGAACGCACAGCGCGCGGAUCCUGGCUGCAUGGUUAAUGAGAAACAUAAUGUAUUUUGGAGGUACAUGCCAGAGCCCCGCUCUUCCAGCCCUGGUACGUCCUCCAGCCCCAGCCCUGCAGCCUCCGUUGGAUAUCAAACCCUUUCUUCCAUUCCCUCUGGACACUGCAGCAGCUGUCAAUCUCUUCCCCAACUUCAAUGCAUUUCAGAACAAGAACAUGCACACCUCUUGGCCACAGUUCUGCAGCUCAGUUUUGUCCAAAAAAAUACCAGGGCUGGCUCUCUGUAGAGAAGAUCCAAAAGAGGUAGGGACUCAUGUUGGAAGUCUGCUGAUUGGAGAAAUGGACCCAAUUCAAAAAGCUGUAAUAAAUCAUACGUUUGGGGUUCCUCUUCCUCACAGAAGAAAGCAAAUCAUAUCGUGCAACAUUUGCCAGUUGAGAUUUAAUUCAGAUAGCCAGGCUGCGGCCCACUACAAAGGCACUAAACAUGCCAAGAAGCUCAAAGCACUGGAAGCCAUGAAAAAUAAGCAGAAAUCUGUAACUACCAAGGACAGCGCAAAGACUACCUUCACUUCCAUCACUACCAAUACCAUCAAUGCCAGCUCUGACAAAACAGCAGGCAACACAACAGAGGCACCAGCAAUAUCAACCACCACAACGGUCGAAAUUCGGAAGAGCAGUGUAAUGACAACGGAAAUCACCUCCAAAGUUGAAAAACUCCCCACAGUAGCCGCUAGCAGCAGCAGCAGCAACACCACCGCCGCCACGUGCUCUUCGGGAGAGACAGAGGAAGAAAAGGCCAAGCGGCUGCUCUACUGUUCACUAUGCAAGGUUGCUGUCAACUCCGCCUCACAACUGGAGGCGCACAACAGUGGCACAAAGCACAAAACUAUGCUAGAAGCUCGAAAUGGGAGUGGAACAAUCAAAGCCUUUCCCAGGGCAGGUGUCAAAGGCAAAGGACCCAUUAAUAAAGGAAACACGGGGCUUCAGAACAAAACAUUUCACUGUGAAAUUUGUGACGUGCACGUAAAUUCUGAGACACAACUUAAACAGCACAUAAGCAGUAGAAGGCACAAAGACAGAGCUGCUGGAAAGCCCCCGAAACCCAAAUACAGUCCCUACAACAAACUCCAGAAGGGAACACACCCACUUGGGGUGAAACUAGUAUUUUCAAAGGAACCUUCAAAACCAAUGGCUCCACGGAUUCUACCAAACCCACUAGCAGCUGCCGCAGCUGCUGCUGCUGUGGCUGUAAAUUCCCCUUUCAGUCUUCGAACAGCCCCACCAGCGACCCUCUUUCAGACUUCAGCACUUCCUCCGGCGCUCCUACGACCUGCACCGGGGCCUAUAAGGACCACCCACACGCCUGUCCUGUUUGCUCCGUACUGAACUCCGGGAAGGAAUUAAUUGUACUGCAAUAAUUUUUCAGAGCAAAAGCAAAACAAGAACAAUGAACUAUGCAGUGUUAAUUUAUAGUUUAAAGUAAAACAAACUACAUAUAUAUAUAUAUAUAUAUAAAUAAAUAUAUAAAAAUAAAAUUGAAGAGCUAGGACUUUUGAUAAGAGACCCGAACAAAUUCUAAAGAGGGGAAAGAGGCAGUAUUUUCUCCAGAUGAGAAUUUUUCUUAACUAUUACCACUUU